AUAUUCAAGUGUAAACAUAUUCAGCAAGGUUCAUUGCACAUGGCUAUACCCGAUGUUCAUACGUGGUCUCAAACGUGAUGUCCAGCUCAAUGAUCUGUACAAAUGUACUCAGGAGGACAUGUGCGAAAAGUUGGUCAUCAAAUUGGAAAAAAAUUGGCGAAAAGAGUUGUCAAAAAAGUCGCCCAGUUUUGCCAGAGCUAGCAUUAAAACAUUUAUUGCAAACAUAAUAUUGCCGUCUAUUUUGACAUUAAUUGCCGAGUGUGCAAUGCUCAACUUAACCAUAAUAUUUAUGGGCCAAAUACUACAAUUUUUUGCCAAUCCCCAUACAUAUGACUAUUGGCAUACCUGUAUGUAUGCAGCGGCUAUGGUCGGUGCCGAACUACUAUGUAUAUCGUUUAUAAAUCCGGCACUGUUUUUGGCCGCACGGGUAGCCAUCAAAAUACGUGUCUGUUGGUUGACAAUAAUAUACAAAAAGGCGUUACGUUUGAAGCACUCGGCGUUUUCUAAGACAACAAUCGGACAGAUAAUGAAUCUCAUGUCCAACGAUGUCAGCAGUUUGGAUGAGUACUGUCAACUAUGUUCAUACAUUAUAGUCGGUCCCAUCAAUACAAUAAUAAGUGUAUACAUAUGUUGGCAAUACAUCGGUUGGGUGUCAUUGAUAGGACUGGCAAUACUCACGAGUUUUAUACCAUUCAAUGGUCUAAUGGGCCGAUUGUUUAUCAAGAUUAGCACAAAAGUGGCCGCACUUACCGAUACGCGCAUCCAAUUGAUGAAUGAUAUAAUUAAAGGCAUGAAAGUAAUUAAAAUGUAUGCCUGGGAACGACACUUUGAUAAACUGAUAUCCGAUGCCCGCAAGAAAGAGAUGAAACAAAUACAAAAGUCAAUACUAUUGAAGGCAUUGAACGGCGCCAUAUCGAUGAUCAGUCCCCGGGUUAUCAUAUUUGUUGUAUUGAUUACACACCUUGUAUUGGGCGGUAAGUUGACCGCCGAAACCGUAUUCGUAACGAUGUCCGUAUUCAAUGGACUACAGUUUACAAUGACCACUGCCUUUCCCCAGUCGGUCGCAUUGGCCGCCGAGCUAUAUGUUUCGUGUAAACGCAUUCAGAAAUACUUACUAUUGGAAGAAAUUGAUCAAAAAUCCAUUGAAAAUAAUGAUAACAGUGUCCAAAAUGGCAACAACGAAAAGAUCCCGCUUUUAACAGUAGAUAAACAGCACCGGGAGAUGAAUGCUGAUGACAAUGGCUAUACAAUUGUUGUCGAAAAUAUGAGCGCCACUUGGGAUACAAAGCUUAAAAGUCCGACUAUUAGAGAUAUAACUGUUUCGUUAGCACCGGGAGAGUUGUUAGCUGUUAUCGGAGCGAUUGGUAGUGGAAAGAGCUCAUUUCUAAUGUCAUUGUUGAAUGAGAUUGAAGUAACCAGUGGUCGGAUAGCGGUUAAGGGAUCGGUAGCCUAUGCCUCACAGGAAAGUUGGUCUUUUAACACAACAAUUCAGCAAAACAUAACGUUUGGAAAGCCGUAUGAAAUAAAGCGAUUCAAAGAAGUCAUAUCAGUCUGUGCUAUGAAUCGUGACUUAAAGAUGUUUCCGUUCGGCGAGCGAUCUCUGGUCGGCGAAAGAGGUGUUACACUCAGUGGCGGACAAAAAGCUCGCAUAACAUUAGCCCGUGCUCUGUAUACUAACGCCGAUAUCUAUCUAUUAGACGAUCCGUUAAGUGCUGUCGACACUGAAGUUGCAAAUCAUAUCUUUGAAAAAUGUAUCACUGAAUAUCUGAAAUCAAAAUCAGUGAUUCUCGUCACACAUCAGAUACAGUUCAUCAAAAAGGCCCAUAAAAUACUGGUCCUACGCGAGGGUCAGCCACUGGCUGUCGGUUCCUACGAACAGCUUAUAGAGUCCGGUAUCGACUUUAUGUCGCUAAUCAAAGAGGAUAACAAACACAAAAACAGUAGUAGUAAUGACAUCAAUAGUAUUAAAGAUCAAAAUCAGUUGACAGACGAACAGCAGAAUAGUGUCAUCGCUGAUGCGUUCAGAAAUCGGUCCAUAAGUGUAUUGUCAUCUGAAUCGGCUAAUUUUGGUGAAACUGAUGAAAAGAUUGCAGAAGAAAACAAAGCUCAGGGAUCGAUCAACUCCCGGGUCUACUGGGAGUACAUCCGAUCGGGUGCCGGACCCGUACUACUGAUUGUUGGCAUAACCUCGACACUACUAUCGCAAGUAUUGCAACACUACAGCGACUAUUGGCUGUCCGAGUGGUCAAACAAAGAGGACGCCAGUAUUGUGUCAAACAGUGAUGACAACAAAGUGGAUGAAAAAGAAAACAUUAAGAUCUAUUCAAUACUUUUGGUAACAAUUUUUGUAUCAUUAAUACUACGGUCGACCACUUGGUUUGUAAUGUGUAUCAAAGCGUCAAUCAAUUUACACAACAGAAUAUUCUAUCGAUUAAUGAGAACCAGAAUCACGUUUUUCGACACAAAUCCCGUCGGCCGUAUUCUGAAUCGUUUUACCAAAGAUGUCGGAACAGUUGAUGAACAGUUGCCUAACUGUUCGUACGAAUUGAAUAGUAUAUUUAUGCAUAUAUUCGGCUCAAUAGUUAUGACAAUCAUUGCAAUUGCCAACUAUUAUCUAAUUAUUCCGGCCAUCGGUUUAUUGAUCAUUACUUUAAUCAUACGUUGGAUUUAUUUGAAAACCGGUCGCGAUUUCAAACGUUUCGAAGGAAUCGCCCGGAGCCCAGUUUACAAUCAUAUGACUACAACACUGAGCGGACUGACCACUAUUCGUGCCUUUCGUGCGGAACAAAUGUUUCGGGAACAGUACUAUCGCUACCAGAAUGACCACACAUCGGCCGAUUUUAUGUGUAUAUCCGCGUCCCGGUGUUUAGGCGUAACAAUGGACUGGUUAUGUGCCGCUUAUCUGGCGUGUGUUGAGAUCUUUUUGAUGGCAUUUUACGAAAACCUUCCCAGUGGUAGUGCAGGUCUGGCCAUAUCUAUGUCGUUGGGUUUAAUGGGAAUGACUCAAUGGGUUACCAAAGAGUCGGCCGAAAUGGAAAAUCAGAUGACAUCAGUCGAGAGAAUUGUUGAAUACUCUAAACUGGAAUCCGAAGGACUGAUUGAUAGCGAGAUACCACCGCCUGAUGAAUGGCCCGAAAAUGGAUCCAUUGAACUCAGACACGUGUAUUUAACUUAUGAUAAUUCUCUGAAACCUACACUUCAUGAUCUCAAUUGUGUGAUCACUGGAGGAGAGAAAGUGGGUAUAAUUGGCAGAACAGGUGCCGGAAAGUCAUCCAUAUUAUCGGCACUGUUCCGCAUGCAUGAUAUCGACGGCAAUAUUAUUAUUGAUGGCAUCGAUCACAAGAGUAUAGGUCUACACGAUUUGCGUAGACAUAUGUCAAUCAUACCUCAGGAUCCCAUUGCUUUCAUCGGCAGUUUGCGCAAGAAUUUGGAUCCAUUUGAUGAACAUUCUGAAGAUAGACUGUGGGAAGUACUCGAAGAAGUGCAACUCAAGGAGGCUGUUAUUGAAAUGUCCGGUCAGUUGGACUAUCAACUGUCCGAAGGCGGCGGUAAUCUGAGUGUAGGUCAGCGCCAACUCAUAUGUCUGGCCAGAGCUAUACUCCGCCGAAAUCGGAUUCUCGUCUUAGACGAGGCAACAGCUAAUGUCGACCACAAAACAGAUGCACUGAUUCAGCGAACAAUUCGUGAAAACUUUGCCGACUGUACUGUACUAACAAUUGCUCACCGAUUGAAUACAAUCAUAGACUCGGAUCGGGUACUGGUUCUCGAUUCCGGACGUAUUAUGGAGUUUGGCGUUCCCUACGAAUUAUUACAGAAUAAUUCGGGAAUACUUUACAAACUCGUUAAACAAACCGGUGUCCAAAUGGCCGAUCAAUUGAUACAAUUGGCUAAAGAAUCGUAUGAUUAU